AUGAAGAAGGCACGCACCACCUCGCACACCGUGAAGGAGCGGCAACUCGCUCUCGUUGAGAAACCAGGCCGCGACCUGCAGACUGUCGGCGCUCGCGAGCUACAAGUAGAUGAUGACUGGGAAGAACGUCUGAACUUGGAGGUCAAGAUCAUGAAUGUUGUUGGCACUGUGGACCUGAAGACACCGCUAGAUCUCAAAACGAUCGCGCUACAUGCGCGAAACGCCGAAUACAAUCCCAAGCGCUUUUCUGCUGUAAUCAUGCGACUACGCGACCCCAAGACAACUGCGCUGAUUUUCGGCUCGGGAAAGAUUGUCAUUACUGGCGGAACAAGUGAGGACAGUUGCCGGUUAGCUGCACGCAAAUUCACGCGCGUAAUACAGAAAUUGAACUUCCCAGCCAAGUUCACUGAAUUCAAAGUGCGCAAUGUGAUGGGAACGUGCGAUAUCCGCUUCCCUAUUCGUCUAGAAGGACUGCUGAACGACCACGCGCGCUUCUCCAGUUACGAACCCGAGCUCUUUCCUGGCCUUAUCUACAAGCUCGUAGAGCCCAAGCUGACGCUGCUCAUCUUCGUGUCUGGCAAGAUUGUACUGUGUGGCGCUAGAGACUCGAACCAUCUGCACCAAGCCAUUGACAAGAUGUACCCCGUGCUGCUACAAUACCGCAAGAUGACGGCACCACCUUCGUUGAUGACAGGAAAGCCAGGAUACGAGGACAGCGAGGACCUCGACAGGCUAGAGCCAGGGGCUAACGUCUAA